AAGCAGGUGCUCCUAGACAAGAGCACGCCGCACAUACUGUACCGAUGGCUGGGCCUGGCGGGGGUGGUGCUCAUCUAUGCGGUCCGGGUCUUCUUCCUCCAAGGGUUCUACAUUGUCACAUACGCGCUAGCCAUCUACAUGCUUAAUCUGCUGCUCGGCUUCCUCAGUCCUCAGGUGAACCCCGAGCUGGAGGGGCCCACGCUGCCCAGCAAGUCGGACGAAGAGUUCCGGCCCUUUGUGCGCCGCCUGCCGGAGUUCAAGUUCUGGUGGAGCAGCAUGAAAGCGGUGAUGUUUGGGUUUGUGGCCACCUUCUUUCCCAUGUUUGAUGUCCCCGUCUUCUGGCCCAUCCUGGUGCUCUACUGGUUCAUCCUCUUCUUUGUCACCAUGAAGCGGCAGAUCAUGCACAUGGUCAAGUACCGCUACGUGCCCUUCAGCUUCGGCAAGAAGGUGGGAGGGCGCCUGCGGGUGUCGGCUUUUGGGUGA